CACAGACCUACGAAGUUAGCAGUAGAUACAGCCUACUUUCUCUUCUCUUUAUUUUUACUCUGAUGCUGAUAAUGCUCUUCCCACUGCUACUCAUUACCAUGCUUCUAAACCCAUUCCGACCAUGUGAGGGCUCUUCAACCUUCCAAGAGGAAUACCGGAAUAGUAGUUACGUCCCGGUAGUGAUUGGCACCGAGUGGGGUGCCCAAGUUGUGGCACCAGAUACUCCCUACGUGGCUGCAGCCGGUCCCAACUCCUUAUACUUCAUCGAUACCCGGUUUGACCCCGAGACAGCCCAGCAUAUCAAGCUACAAAUUGAGAGGGCCUCCGUACCGCAACCAAACGAGUACAUCGCCAUUGACGAGAUUGAAGCCACGGCAAAAGUGAAGAACAGGGUUACCGACGAAACAAUUUUCGUGUUUGACCCUCCCUAUGCUCGGGUGCUGUUCGCCAGCGGCAUAAACAGGCAUAAUCCAGACAUCAAACUACCGGAGCAUGAGCCAGCUGGCGACUGGUUGGUGACCUAUAACGUGGAUGAACUCCUGAAGAAAGAGAGAAAGAAAGAGAGCUUGGAAUCAUGAAAUGACCAAAAAGUUACAUAUC